AUGCCAAAUCUGGCGGCCCGGCAGGGCGCGACGCUGGUGGGCGCCGAGGCAGCGCAGCAGAACGGCCAGAACGGGUGUCGGGUGGUGCUGCUCUAUCAGGGCCAAGGCGGAGAGCGCCCGCGCCGUGAGGACGACGCCGAUCUCAAUCGCCAGAUCAAGGAUUCGCUGGAAGACGCCGGCUAUGUGGUCGAUAGCGCGGCCGACGGCGAGGAAGGCCAUUUCCUGGGCGACACCGAACCCUAUGACUGCGUCGUUCUCGACAUCGGGCUGCCGCUGAUGGACGGCAUUUCGGUGCUCCAGCGCUGGCGUGAUGAUGGUCGGGCGAUGCCGGUCCUGAUCCUGACGGCCCGCGAUCGCUGGAACGACAAGGUUGCCGGCAUCGAUGCGGGCGCCGACGACUACGUCACCAAGCCGUUCCACAUCGAGGAAGUGCUGGCCCGCGUUCGGGCGCUGAUCCGCCGCGCGUCCGGACAUGCGACGUCCGAACUGGUGUGCGGGCCGCUGGUCCUCGACACCAAGACAUCCAAGGCGAUGGUCGACGGCAAGAUGCUCAAGCUCACCUCGCACGAGUUCCGGCUUUUGUCCUACCUUAUCCACCACAAGUCUGCGGUCGUCUCCCGCACUGAACUCACCGAGCAUCUCUACGAUCAGGAUUUCGAUCGCGAUUCCAACACGGUCGAGGUCUUUGUCGGCCGCCUGCGCCGCAAACUGGGAUGCGACCUCAUCGAGACCGUGCGCCGGAACGCCUGCAGCCGGCUGAGCGCCGUGAAAGGAUCGUUGCGCAACCGGGUGAUCGCGCUGUCCACUGUAUGGACGGUGCUCGCCGUCGCGUUGCUGGGCUGGCUGCUGGUCACGCAGUAUCGGCUCAAUGCCGAACGCGGCUUUGCCGACCUGCAACAGGCGCAGUUGUUCAGCCUGAUCGCCGCGUUCCGCAUCGCCGAUGACGGUACGCUGACCGGCACGCCCAAUCUGGGCGACCGGAGCUUUCGCGAAGCGGCGUCUGGGUGGUACUGGCAGGUGGCCGUCGUCGGCUCGGACGCGCCGGCACGGCAGUCGGUUUCGCUUGGAGGACAGUUCCUCACCGGCCCUUCGCUGGCCGAAGUUCCCUAUGACGAACAAUUCACCCGGACGUUCGAAACCGAAGGUCCGGCGGGCAAUCGGCUGCGCGUGUUGGAGGCCGAAGUCCAGAUCGGCCCCGCCGGAGAGAUCGCCUUCUUCCAGCUUGCCGGCAACCAGAGCGAGUUCGAUGCGGCCAUCGCCGCACUGGGGCAGAACAUUGCGCUCCUGCUGACGCUGUUCGGAGCCGGGCUCGUGGCGAUCAAUGGUGCGAUCAUCGUGUUUGGCAUGCGGCCGCUCAACCGCGUGCGGGAGGCAUUGCGCGCCAUCCACGCGGGCGAGGAACACGCGCUGGCGGGUCGCUAUCCCGACGAGAUCCAGCCGAUGGUGGAUGAGAUGAACAUGCUCAUCGACAACAAUCGCAGGGUCGUCGAGCGCGCGCGGACGCAGGUCGGCAAUCUGGCCCAUUCGCUGAAGACGCCGGUUUCGGUUCUGAAAAACGAGGCGGAUCGGGGCGAGCCCGUCGAUCCGCGUCUGGUUGCCGACCAGGCCGACGCCAUGAAGGCUCAGGUGGAGCACUAUCUUCAUCGCGCGCGCAUUGCCGCCCAGACCGGAGGCACCGCCUUCCGGACCGAUAUCGCCGAGACGCUGGGGCGGUUGGUCAAGGUCAUGCGCAAGCUCAAUCCCGACAAGUCGAUCGCCCUCGAGCUGCCGGCCGCCCCGCCAGCAUUCGCCGGCGAGAAGGAGGACUUCGAGGAGAUAUGCGGGAACCUUCUCGAAAAUGCCUGCAAAUGGGCGGAUGAACGCAUUCGGGUCGGCCUCACCAAUACGCCGGGAGAUGACCGGUCGUUCACAAUCUCCGUCGAUGAUGACGGGCCGGGCAUUGCCGCCGGGCAGCGCACUCAGGCGCUCAGGCGCGGUCAACGUCUCGACGAAACCAAGCCGGGUACCGGUCUCGGUCUUUCCAUCGUCGUCGAAACGGUGGAGGCCUACAAGGGCCAUGUGAGCCUCGGUGAAAGCGAGAUGGGCGGCCUGCGCGUCACGCUGAUCCUGCCUCGGGCACGUACAGCGCCAUGA